AGCAUCCGUACCAGCUACAUCAACACCGUCUGUGAAAUGCGAAUGCGAUAGAAACAUGAGCGGCGUAGCGGCAGCAGAGAGCAGUAGCCCCAAUCCCGCCACUUGCUCCUCUGUGCUUAGACAUCCCGCCGCAUAUAAUGGACCGACAUGGGUCGCGCCGCGUCGUGUGGAUGGCGAGCUUGUCUUGUCCUCGUGGAUCGGCGCACGCGUUUCGCAUGCUUCAACCACACUCCUUACACCACAAGAGAUGACCCCCGUUCAAACUGGUCGCGGUUCGGCACCAAUCAGCGGUUUGAGCGCAUGUAGUCAGUCUCGUCCGCACCGGGCGGCGCCUCAACGACGUCUCGAGCUGCCGAGCCCAGACAGCUUCUCCCUGAAGGCUGGGCCUCGCAUGUCGGCUCUUGGACGAGGACCGCGUCUGCAAAGGAUUUUGGGCGCUGUCCAUCCGGGAGGUGCGGCUAGAAGCGCGGCGCGACUCUCGCGCAAAGCACGCUUCGUAUGGCUUCCUCCAGUAACAGCGCCGAAUAUGCGCACUCGGUUUGUUGCGAACUUGAAUACACGCUCGUCUCGGGGCAUUUGCGGGGCACUUGUGGGGCACAGUGGGGGAGGGCCUGGGGCGGCUGCCCGCGUCCGAUCGCGAACGCGCGGUGGCCUAUCACGACUGAGGCUCUAAGGGGAAGGGCUACCUACCCUGAAACUGCGCCUUCUUCG